AUGUUGCAGGAUCUUGUUUUCAGGUUUUUGUCAGUUGAAACGGUUAACAUGUCUUCUUCUUUCCAAAACAUUCUUAUUGAGAGCGCCAUUGCCUCUAAGGCUUUGAAGUUUGGCGAGUUCACCUUGAAAUCGGGCAGAUUGUCGCCCUAUUUUUUCAAUAGUGGUCUUUUGUAUACUGGACAGGCUCUGGCGGCUUUGGCUGGUGCCUAUGCCAAGACCAUUAUUGAGGCUGAUAUCGAGUUUGAUAUUAUUUUCGGUCCUGCUUAUAAGGGAAUUGCUCUGGCUGCUAUUACUGCUGCAAAGUUGGCUGAGCUCAAUCCUGAAAAGUAUAACAAGAUCGAGUAUGCUUACAACAGAAAGGAGGCCAAGGAUCAUGGUGAGGGUGGUGUUCUUGUAGGAGCUCCAUUGGCUGGCAAGAAGAUUCUUAUUCUUGAUGAUAUUAUCACUGCCGGCACUGCUAUUCAACAGGCUUAUAAUAUCAUUUCUGAUGCUAAGGGUACUGUUACUGGUAUCUUCCUUUGUAUGGACCGUCAAGAGAAGGGUACCGAUUCUGAUCUGUCGGCCGUUCAAGUGUGGUCUGAAAAGCUCAAUGUCCCUAUUAAGAGUAUCUUCAACCUCGAGGCUCUUAUCGCAUACUUGGUCAAGGGCAAUAUUUUGUCCAACGAAGAGAUUGCCAGCAUGGAGGAGUACCGCAAGAAGUACGCCAUUGUCUAA